AAAAAAUCGCAUCGGAGUCUCCGUCCCCUUCCGGGUAUCUCGUCCGCUAAAAUAUCACACAAAAAUAUAUGGCAUAGUUUCUUUCAUCCGUUAUCGCCAACAACGUACGUAUUAGGCAGGCCAAUCCUCUCUCUUCCUCCUCCUCCAUUAGACCCUUAAGUCCAUAGUAACCCAGUGAGCGAGUGAAUCGCCCCGCAUCCGGAGAAAGAGCACUCACCAUGGCCGCCGCAGCCGCCGCGAAGCUCCUCUCCCCCGCCUCCCUGUCCCUCCGCCUCCGCCCCUCCGCCCUCGCCCCCUCCGCUCGCCUCCUCUCCGUCUCCGUCUCCGCCUCCGCCCGCCCUCCGCUUCGUACGAUCUCCGUGGGCGACCGGCUCCCUGACGCGACCCUCUCCUACUUCGGCGCCGACGGGGAGCUGCAGACGGUGAGCGUGGGGGAGCUGACGAAGGGCAAGAAGGCGGUGCUCUUCGCCGUGCCCGGCGCCUUCACCCCGACCUGCUCCCAGAAGCACCUGCCCGGGUUCGUCGAGAAGGCCGCGGAGCUCCGCGCCCGCGGCGUCGACGCCAUCGCCUGCGUCUCCGUCAACGACGCCUUCGUCAUGCGCGCCUGGAAGGAGAGCCUCAGCGUCCCCGACGACCAGGUCCUGCUCCUCUCCGACGGCAACGGCGACUUCACCCGCGCCCUCGGCGUCGAGCUCGACCUCACCGACAAGCCCGUCGGCCUCGGCGUCCGCUCCCGCCGCUACGCCAUGCUCGUCGACGACGGCGUCGUCAAGGUCCUCAACCUCGAGGACGGAGGCGCCUUCACCACCAGCAGCGCCGAGGAGAUCCUCAAGGCCCUCUAGACCUAUAUAUAUAGAUGCUCCCCUUUACCCUUUUUGGUCCUCCUCCUCCUCCUCCUUUUCGUUGCUUCAGGUUGGUGGUGCUGGUGGUGGUGUUUUUGCUUAUGUUUUCCAGGAAAUCACUCGCUCUUUUUCUCUCAUAA